CACCAUUGAUUAUGUCUAUUAAGCACGUAUUUUGGCGAAUAUUUUUUGGGUUCAUUUCUGGUAGAUUUCAAAAUGGGGUAAUCACAUAUUUCAGGAGAUUUUUUAGAAAGAAUGUUUUCUUUGGAUUUUGAAGGCUACAUAUCACAAAUUCGGUAUGAGGAUAUUCUCUAGCGAUGAUGAACUCUAUUAAUCACCAAUUUAAUGGAUUUUUUUGGAGGGCAUUUUCAUAAUUUCUGGGCAAUUUUAUCUAAAGGUCAUUUUCUUGAAUUUUGAAGGCUACAAAUUAAGGAUUCAGUCUGAGGUUAAUCUUCACCGAUGAUUAAGUCUAUUAGACACCGAUUUGGGCUGAUUUUUUCGGGUCAUUAUUGGCAGAUUCCAAAGGUGUACUAUCAAUAGUUUCGGGCGCUUUUUUGGAAAGACUAUUUUAUUUUUAUUUUGAAGGCUACAGAUCACAAAUUUAACCUGAGGCUAUUCUCCAGCGAUGGUGAAGUCUAUUAAUGGCCGAUUUGGGCGGAUUCAUUACAGAUGUCAUUUUCGUAAUAUUCGGUGAUUUUUUCAAAAGUCCAUUUUGCUUAAAUUUUGAAUGAUACAGAUCAUGGAGAAUAAGGCUAUUUUUCACCGAUGAUUAAGUCUAUUAACCACUGAUUUUGGUGAAUUUUUCUCGAAUCCAUUUUGGACAGAUUCCAAAAGGGUACCGUACCAUCACAAAUUUCGUGUGAUUUUUUCGAAAGGUCAUUUUCUUUGGUUUUGGAAGCUAUAGAUCACUAAUUCGGCCUAAGACUGUUCUCCAGCGAUGUUUAAGUUUUUUAAUUGUCUGUUUGGGUGGACUUUUUUAAGGGCAUUUUUGUAACUUUUGGCGAUUUUUUUUGCAGAAAUGUCAUUUUCUUGGAUUUUGAAUGCUACACAUCAUGAAUUCGACAUGAGUCUAUUCUACAACGACGAUGAAUAAAGCAAAAACAAAAAAAGAAAGUCAAGCAUAAGACAUUGCUUAUUGUAAGUUUGUUGACCGGUACUGGGUUAAAGGUGAACAACAAACGACACAAUAUUCUCGAGAAUCAAAUCAGUAGAAAAGCUAAACACAUUGUACCGCGGAUUAAGCCUUUCAACAAAAGCUCGAAGAUGAAGAUCAGAUGACGUGGAUGCAGUGGCCCGCCUCCCUCUAUUGAAUGAUACAUAUUAUCGAGAUAUAUUGUGCGAGUUGGGUGGAAUGUUUUCAAUUGCCAAUAAGGUGGACGACAUUCACAAGAGACCUUGGAUUGGGUUCCAGUCUUGGCGUGCCACGGGUAGGAAGGUUUCAUUAUCUCCGAAAGCUGAGAAAGCUCUGGAAGAGAAAAUACAGAGAGAGACUGUAGGGGAUGUAGUAUACUUUUGGACGCGGUUGGACAAGGAUUAUGAAGCUACAGCAAGCAGUGCCAAACUAGGGUUCUGGUCCAUCUGCGACUUAUUAAAUGCAGGGCACUGCAGAACGACUUUUGAAAAUGCAUUUCGUCAGAUGUAUUCCCUGCCAUCACAUCUAGAAGGUCUUCCACCAAUGCCAGAAGAUGGAGGUCACUGGUCCGCCUUGCAUAGCUGGGUGAUGCCAACCCCUUCAUUUUUGGAGUUCACUAUGUUUUCAAGAAUGUUCGUUAAUUGGCAAGGGCUUUACGAGAGGGAGAGGGUGGAAAGGUACCGCCAGAAAAUGGACAAGAAGAGGAAGAAUAGGGAGAAACUGGUUGAGAGAAAUAGGAUAGGAUACAAGCAGAAACCUCUCGGACGCCGCCGUCAGCUGCUUUGACGGGGAAGAUUGAUCGUGUACAAUGUCGAGAAAGACGAAUCAAUAGUUGAUUUUAAGCCUUCCUCAACGUCCUGGUGGCGGCAGCAAGCGGCUUCAGGAACACAAGUCUGACUCCUAACAUGGAUAACCAGCCUCCAACUCUUUCAUCUGAAUCAAUACAUCAGAGCUCAGGUAAGGAAAGUGCAUCUAUUCAAACACCAUUCUACUAUUUCCCGCGGAUUUACGUUACACAAGGGGAUUGUGAAGAAGGUAGAAACAGGAAGAAAGAAGAAGAAGAAGAGGAGAAGAAGCGCUUUCCUGCAGUUGCAGUCAUGGAAUGAGAGCAUCGGUUGGUUGGUGCCAUCUUUAGUGGGAGGUUAGUAGCACCAUGGAUCGAUAUUCGUUUUGUUCUUUAUUUUGUUGUUCUGUUGUUAUAGACAUUUUUACGACCCAUUUAGUUGGAGAUUGGUGUAAUUCUUUAUUUGUAUAUACUUGGCCACCACAGCAUAGAGGAAAAUUUUGUUCGCAAUAGGGAACUCCUACAUUUGGUCUAAAAAAAAAAAAUGUUAGUGUUGUGGUAUAUGAUCCACGAUUGAACCUCUCCCAACAACUCGAGUUAUUGGGAUCAACUAGUUCUUGACAAUAAUUUCAACAUCACUUAUUGCUAUGCAAGUUAGAAAUAACUCGGGGAUCACUGAUGAUAUUAUCUCUAGCUUUUCCAUCCAGAAUCCUUUUUACUCAUGGUUGCUUUUGCUUGUCUGUCGGAGAAGGAGCAUGUUUUUUAUGCGACCUCUACAUAUCCAUCACAGUAUAAAAUUGUGGCGUGACUGGAAUAAACGAAUAUCGUCACA